UAGCAGCGGGUUUAAAAGCACUUCUGAAUUCUUGGUGGUCCCUGGGGGUGGAUCAGCUCCCUUCGCUCUCCGGCUCUGCCACUGGGAGCUCAGGCCAGCAGCAGAGGGCGUGCAUGGACCUCUGCAGUGCACCCGAGGAUGCUUUGAGCGUGCUUCUCUUCCUCCUCUGUGCAGGGUGAGAUGGAAAACGCUUUGGUGUUUGUUAUAAGCAGAGCUAAGUGUCAGCUAACAGUGCCUUGCCAUCGAAAGUUCUACGUCUUGCUAUUCUGUCUGCAUUUUGCUUGUGUACCUUUUAAAAACUGAAGUUACGGUUCAUCAGUAUAAACGUUGUAAAGCAUUCGUUCCUGAUUCCUUUUAGGAUCCCAGAAUCGUCAUAAGGGACCCAGUUUUCCUAAGGGUGUGUUAUGGCAGAACACGUAAGCUUGUGAUCUUACAGCACGUGUGAUGUCAGUGCAUCUUGUAUGUACUCGAUUCAGCAGCACGCUCGGCCAUAAAGGGUGCUGUGGUGGCUCAUCCAUUUGGUGAGGGAUGCAAUUACACAGGGAACCAGAUUGCUGCUUCCAUCAGCUGCAGCAAACGAUGCUUACUGUGUUUGUUUUCAGAGGUUGUUAGGGAAACUUUGUGAGCUACCCUCUCUGUUGCUCAACUCUUGCAAGCUUACUGCCAGAUAUAAGCUGGCGCUUGGCUGCAGUCUCUGUUUUUGUACCUGACCUGGUUAUUUUCCUCCAUAGUGUGAUAAAAUGAGAUUCUGUAUCAAUGGAGUGUUGUAAUAAUGCAGCUCAUGGCGUUCCUCCCUUUUCUUUUUAAACAUACUGGGCACUUAACCUCACUGCUGUGGUAUCUGCAGUUGUACGCUGCUUUUGUGUCACGGAUGUUUUUAUCUGGAGCAGAUACAGCAUUACCCCCAAGUACUACUGCACUGCUUCAGCUUCUGAUUAAUUAGCAGUGAUGGAAUUAGGAGGUGUGGCACCUACUUUGCCCCAGAAAUAACUGCUUAGUAUGAAAUGGUGCAACACCAGGGGCUGUGAGCUCUCCUUAAAGAGCUGCUCUUCCCCACUGCCCCUGGUCUUUGUGUGUACGAUUAGGAGCUUAAGCCCCUUUGUUCCUCAGUAUUGAUCUUUUGAACCUGGUAUAUUUACUGACUGCUCAGCCAGCACAAGUUAAAAGUCCCCAUUGGCUCUGAAGUGGUAUUUACAGGGAAUUAAUACGGAACCAAAUGCUUAUUUGUCACUUUUAAAGGGUGUGCAACUGAGAUGUAGGCAUGUAGGGUUUUGUAACUGCAGCAAGCAUGGCCAACCAGGGGGAUAAGAUUCCCUUGGCAAAGAAUAGUAGCUGUGAAGUCUUAAUCUGAGAGUUUUGCAUUAGGAAUUAUACUGUUUGUGUUUCUUUAGGAUGGAAAUAAAGUCAAAAGGUGGAGUUCGAGAUAUUUAUUCUGCUCUCCAGCAUAUUGUGGCCCCAUAGGUGGCCUUGAAAGUGCAUAAAUAAGAUCAAGUUGAUGUGAAGAGCUGCCAUUUUUGUUCUUACUAAUCCUGUGCAUCAGAGGAAACCUGGAAGAACAGUGGAGAUGGAGAGAUUCCUGUAUGUUAAGGAACACGUUUUAGUGAGUUUCUGGCUGCAUCUAAAAGCGCCGAAAAACUUAUUGCAGGAAACAGGGGUGUCAUUUCUCCUUGUGUGCUGUGAGCGAGUCCUCAUCGGUUCAAGUGACAACACGUGCAGGUGCCUCUCUGCUUUUUCCACGACGGAGGCGGCUGCUGUGACCGAGUUCGGCUUAAGGACAACCGAGCGGAAGGUUUGGGGAGCGAGAGCUGAGCGUGCACCUCCCGAACCCCCCGAGGAGCUGCGGGGACCUGUGAGCACCUAUGAGCGCAGAGCACAUCAUGCGAGCAGAACGGUGAGCACAGAGCGGAUCCCUGCCUGCCCACACUUGACAUUACUGGGACCACAUCUCUCAGCAGGAGGAAAAGGCGCUUCGUUCACCGAUGCUAAAAAUGGGAGGCAGCAUCUGUCCAGCAGACAGGGAAAAGAAACUGCAGGCUUUGCCUGUGGGACACCGUGGGUUGUGCUGCAGUGCUGCAGCCCAUGGGCAGUGAGGGACAGCAUGGCUCUCAAUGUGCUCCUGCACAACCGCAGGGCUCAGCUCCUGCUGCUCAACUCUCUGACGUUCGGGCUGGAGGUCUGCCUGGCUGCUGGCAUCACCUACGUGCCUCCAUUGCUCCUGGAAGUGGGAGUGGAAGAGAAGUUCAUGACCAUGGUGUUGGGAAUAGGACCUGUCCUUGGCCUGGUUUUUGUCCCACUGAUUGGAUCCGCCAGCGACCACUGGCACAGCAGCUAUGGCCGAAGGCGGCCGUUCAUCUGGGUGCUGUGCCUGGGAGUCCUGCUGAGCCUCUUCAUCAUCCCUCACUCCAGCACCCUGGCCAGCCUGUUUGCCCUCAAUCCUCGCCCUCUGGAGAUCGCCUUCCUCAUCCUGGGCAUUGGGCUGCUGGAUUUCUGCGGUCAGGUCUGCUUCACCCCUCUGGAGGCACUGCUCUCAGACCUCUUCCAGGAGCCAGAUAACUGCCGCCAGGCCUUCUCCAUGUACGCCUUCAUGAUCAGCCUUGGGGGCUGCAUUGGCUACCUGCUUCCAGCCAUUGACUGGGGGGCCAGCUUUCUGGCCCCGUACCUGGGAGGACAGGAGACGUGCCUCUUCAGCCUCCUCGCUGUCAUUUUCCUUGGCUGUGUGCUGGCCACGCUCUUCGUGACCGAAGAAGCAGCCGCUCAAGCAGAUGCUCUGGAUGGCCCAGCACUGAAGGAUGCUCUCCCUAAGCCCUCGCCUUCUGCCUGCUGCUCUUGCCAGCUCUCCACGAGCCUCCUGCAGGCCAGGCACAUGAUGCAGGCCCUGAGAAACCUCUGCACAUUGGUGCCACGGCUUCACAGCCUCUACUGCCGCAUCCCCAAGGUCAUCCGGCGCCUGUUUGUGGCUGAGCUCUGCAGCUGGAUGGCACUCAUGACUUUCAUGCUGUUCUACACGGACUUUGUUGGGGAAGGGCUGUACCAUGGUGUCCCCAGAGCCAAGCCAGGCACAGAUGCCAGACGCCGUUAUGAUGAAGGUGUCCGGAUGGGAAGUUUGGGACUCUUUUUGCAAUGCGUCACCUCCAUUUUCUUUUCGACAAUCAUGGAUCGGAUGGUGAAGCAGUUUGGGACACGAGCUGUGUACCUGGCCAGCGUGGUGUUCUUCCCUGCUGCUGCCUUUGUCAUGUGCCUUUCCCACAGUGUCACUGUGGUCACCAUCUCUGCUGCUCUGACGGGCUUCACCUUCUCUGCACUCCAGAUCCUGCCGUACACGCUGGCAUCGCUGUACCAUCAUGAGAAACAGGUAUUUUUGCAUAAAUACAAGAGCAAAGAGGAGAGAGACGCAGCUCGAUCGGACAAGAAAUCAUCCUUCCCCAAAGGCCACCUCUCCAGCCAAAAGCUGCCUUACCAGAACGGACACCCCGGGGGCCUCUACUCCUCAUCCUCCUCUUCCUCCUCUCCCCCAGCUGCCAGCUCUGCCCUGUGUGGCAGCUCCUCCUGUGAUGUCUCACUGAUGAUGAUGGUGGGCGAGUCGGAUUCGGUUCCUCCGGGCCGAGGGAUCUGUUUGGACCUGGCCAUUUUGGACAGUGCUUUCCUCCUCUCUCAGGUUGUCCCCUCUCUCUUCAUGGGGUCCAUCGUCCAGUUUACGCAGUCGGUGACUGCCUACAUGGUGUCAGCUGCCAGCUUUGGCCUCGUUGCCAUUUACUUUGCAACCAAAGUUGUCUUUGAUAAGAGUGACAUGGCCAAGUACUCGGUGUGAUGGCGAAUGCAUCGGGGGCAGCACGUGGGUGCCAAGAUGAGGGGUGUGCACAUCCCCAUGGCUGCUUGUGGGGUGCUCCAUGUUGUUUGUGCUGUCCCCGUGCUGCUGCUGGGAGCCCCAGUGCUGCUCUGGGGCUGGGGAUGGCAGAGGGGCGGCAGGGAUAAUCUCAGGUGUAAAUAGGAAGCACUGGGGGCAUCAUGCUUUGGGCCAUCAGUGCUUUCCACACAGUGCCUUUCUCACAAGUAAGCACUGCACAGCCAACACCAAAGGGAUUGCACUGGGGGGAGGAAGGAAUCGGGCUUUUCCUUUAGUAAUGGGUGUGGGGAGGGGGGAAGAGCCACUGGCUCUCCUGCCUUCCAGUGAUGGAUGUAUCCUCUGCCCCCACUUGCUGCAGUUGUGCUCAACUUAUUGAGUAACGCUUCCUCAAAGAGGACACUGAGAGGAGAUUCACCUUGGAAGAAGGACGGGAGCUCAGGUUUGGCUGUGGAGCAGGAGGGAUGUGUGUCUGUUCUGACAGGGAGAAACCACCCAGGAGAAAAGUCACUAUGGCAUGUUCUGGAAAAACAAGGAACGUUUCCUUAGGACCGAUUCCAAAAGAUGACUUAUCUUUUACCUAGGCACCAAAUUGCAUCAGACGGAAAGGACUGCUUAACAUUUUUAUUUCUUUUUUUAAGAAUGAUUCUUUUUAGCUUUCCUUUAGCUGGAUAACUGACCUCUCUCUCAGUGCCCAGAACAGCCUCCUGUUCUCUCCCAGCGCCUCCUACCAGAUCCAAACUGAUCUGCACCCCCAAACCCGACCCCUGAAUGAUGCUGCAGCAUCACGAGGGUUCAAUCCUGCAACGAGGGAGGAGAACAGGCAGAGCUCUCCGUGAAGGCAAUCUGGGAACAAACACAUCUCAUCAAAUUCUAAUCUGCUCCAAGUGCCUCUCAAUCCCAUAACACUGGGACCAGUGCUGCUGGGUUGGUCAGCUCUCAGAUGUGAGUCACCUCCUGCUGGCCCGAGACAAGUGCACCAGCUGCACCAGUGCUCUGCCACUCAGAGAUCACCCCUGUGCUGAGCAGGAGCUGAGAUCCCAGCUUGCAGUUAGCACUUAGGUUCUGAAAUGGUGCAGGCAAUGGUGCAGGCAAUGCCCAGAGCGAGGCAUCUGGAGGCAGGGCUGGGGGCUGGGACUCAGCAGCCCUCAUUUUCAGCUGCAAACAAAGUGUUUGCGACCAAUUUUCAGUGGAGGUGUGUGGGCAGUGAGAUGUGCUGGUGAGGCACUGCUGAAGGGCAAGAUGUUGCUAUUUUUGCAAGGUGGUGGCAGAAUAUUACUUGGCAUGGAAGUGAGAUUGCUGCCCUGCUGAUUGCAGGCGGGUCCUAAGAGGGCUUCUCCUCACUGCUUUAAACGCAUCUUUCCCGUAAGGGGUGACUUUUUGUUUUAUUUCUCCUCAAAUUAUAUGCCUACCAGCUUCCCUUUCCCACAAGAAGCCCUGUGUGCUGAAAUGCAGCUGUUUUGGGAAUGGAUUUGGCAGCUGCGUAAGCAUCGACGGAAGCGGUUUUGUGUGUGUGUGCUUCCAGCCCUGGUCUCCGUCCACCCCAGACUUCAGGGGGAAAUCCUGCAGGCAGAAGGUCGCUACCAAAGCUGCAGCACUUCUUGAGUGCUCGCAGGGAUCAGUAACCUUUUCAAAGAGGUCCCUGCCUGAGUUGCUGGAACACUUUGCCAUUUGUUUAAGUGCCUGAAGAGUGCUUCCACAACACAGCCUGGGUGUGCAGGUGGGACGAUGAGGGCCUUGAGAGCUUCGUUAAGAGCAUCCAAGUGAUGCUUGAGAGAGCAGUGGGCUCAGGGGGCUGGCAGCCUUUGCUCUGAACGUCUUUUGGUUUGCAGUGUCAGAGCCAAAGGUGGGGCAGUUCUUCAUCCUUAACUUCAUAGCUGUCCCUCGAGAGCAGAAGGCUGAAAUCUGCCCGAUUCCCCCAUCCACAGAGGUGGCUUUGGAGUAGUGAGGUACCGACGGCCAGGAGUGGCUUGUGGUGACAUUGGGUGCUGCAGGCUGGGUGUCCCAGCUGAGCUGGAGGGCCUGAGGUCAGUCCAUGCUGGUUGGGGCCUCCACUCUGCCCUCUGCCCUCUGAUCACCCAUCCACAUCUGCCCUGUGUUGAGGCUUUGGUGCCCAGGUCUUGGUGGCAACUCUGGUCUUACACAUCCAGGGAGGUGCCUGCAUUUCCUUCAUUUAUGUUCUGAAAAGACCCUUGAGCCCAUGGCUGUGGCUAGCUGCUCUUGCUGCUUCAUUCCAGGUCGGUGCCUGGUGUCUCACCUUGGCCUGACCUGGGAGAUGGUUGGUGACACAGCUCCUUCUCUGCAGAGAUGUGGUCCCAUCUCACCAUCCAUUCACCUCCUGGCUGUGCUGCUCUUGUUCCAGUCAGCUCAGCAAGUGUGAGAAGAGCUCCUGGUUAUCUACCAAGAGGCUCUCUGAUUUCUCAGCUCCCUCUCCCCCCUUCUUUCCAUUUCCUCAGCUGGAGUGAAACCCUGCGGAUCCUGUAAUUGCUCCUUUCCUCCUUGCCCUCCUAUUACACAGGAGAAAUCUGCUGGGCCCUCUGCCAGCUCCCAACACAGUGGGCAGAUGGGUGCAGGGAGGAGCUCUUGCCAAAGCCCGUUGCUCUUUGCAAACCCUGUCCCCUGCGGGAGCCCAAACCCAGACAGAUGGGGGCUGUCUGCAAGAGAGCGCUGUAGAAAACCACAGUGUGCAGCCUGGUCCUGGAUCAUUACCAAAAGCCUUUUUUCCUAGGUCAGGAUGUCACUGAGGCUUAAAGGAGAGGCAUUUUCCAGGAUACGUACUGAGAAACUGCUCUCUUCGUAAGAUUGUCCUUUGUGGGUGAGCAGUGUGCUGCUAGGACCAGCUCCCUGUGUCUGCAUCCCACACAGCCCAGCAGGGGACACAGGUAUGUUCUGGUAAACGAAAGCACACCCCUUGCACACUGUUACUGAUCUAACCAGUGCGAGCACAGAAUUCUCCUUAGGACUUGAUCAUAGUGUACAAUUUAUAGGUAUGGGUGCAGGCUUCUCAGAGGCUGUUGCUGGGAGCCCUUCUGUUUCUGUAGGUGCACUUCUGCUUGGGUGAGCCACGCUGUGCCUCUCCUUUCCUAUUGCAAGGUGGUGAUUCUGGGAUGUGGAGGGGAAAAGGGAGAAAGUAUUUUCUAACAGGAGAUGAUUGCUGUGGAUUCUCCGGGCGAGGGAAGAGCGUUUGAUGCUGUUUUUUCCUUUUGAGAUCGCAUACUGUCUGCGAGACGCGAAUGUUUUAUUUAUUCAGUAGAGUAAAUAUUUUGUAUACGAUGCGAGAAGAAGGCUGUUCUAAUUUUAUUAUGUAAAGGAGGAAAUUAAAGGUGUUGGACGGACGGA